GUUUAAAGUUGGGCAUGGAACAGGACACUUGGGUGAUGAUUUCUGAGCAAGGAGAAAGACUGUACAAAAUGAUGUGCAAACAAGGGAAUCUCAUCAAAGACAGGAAGAGGAAAUUAACCACUUUCCCCAAAUGCUUUCUUGGAAGUGAAUUUGUGUCCUGGUUGUUGGAAAUUGGAGAGAUACACAAAUCUGAAGAAGGUGUUCAUCUUGGCCAAGCUUUAUUAGAGAAUGGCAUUAUCCAUCAUGUUACAGAUAAGCACCAAUUCAAACCUGAACACAUGCUGUACAGAUUCCGAUACGAUGAUGGAACAUACUACCCCAGAAAUGAGAUGCAGGAUGUGAUCUCUAAGGGUGUACGGCUGUACUGUCGCCUUCACAGUCUGUUUACCCCAGUAAUUAGGGACAAAGAUUAUCACUUGAGAACCUACAAAUCCGUAGUCAUGGCUAACAAAUUCAUAGACUGGUUGAUAGCCCAGGGGGAUUGCCGGACAAGGGAAGAAGCCAUGAUAUUUGGUGUAGCUCUCUGCGAUAAUGGGUUUAUGCACCAUGUGUUAGAGAAAAGUGAAUUUAAAGAUGAACCACUGCUGUUCCGUUUUUAUGCGGAUGAAGAAAUGGAAGGGUCAAAUAUGAAGCACAGACUCAUGAAACAUGAUCUGAAAGUAGUGGAGAAUGUCAUAGCCAAGUCAUUACUGAUUAAAUCUAAUGAAGGCACCUAUGGUUUUGGUUUAGAAGAUAAAAAUAAGGUGCCAAUUAUUAAAGUGGUGGAGAAAGGAUCAAAUGCUGAGAUGGCAGGCUUGGAAGUUGGGAAAAAAAUCUUUGCCAUUAACGGUGACCUGGUUUUUCUGCGACCCUUCAGUGAAGUGGAUUGCUUCCUGAAAGCAUGUUUAAACAGCAGAAAGCCCCUGCGGGUUCUUGUGAGCACUAAACCACGGGAGACAGUGAAGAUUCCUGACUCUGCUGAUGGACUCGGUUUCCAAAUCCGGGGCUUUGGCCCAUCAGUUGUCCAUGCUGUCGGGAGAGGAACGGUGGCAGCUGCGGCAGGUCUCCACCCUGGCCAAUGCAUAAUCAAGGUGAAUGGAAUUAACGUCAGCAAAGAGACUCAUGCAAGUGUUAUUGCUCAUGUCACGGCGUGCAGGAAGUACAGGCGGCCGAUGCAGCAAGAUUCUAUACAGUGGGUUUACAACAGCAUUGAAAGUGCCCAGGAGGAUCUUCAGAAAACAAACACCAAGCCUUCUGGAGAUGAUGGAGGAGAUGCCUUUGACUGCAAAGUGGAAGAGGUAAUUGACAAGUUUAAUACUAUGGCAAUAAUUGAUGGGAAGAAAGAUCAUGUGAGUCUGACUGUUGACAACGUUCAUUUGGAGUAUGGGGUGGUUUAUGAGUAUGACAGCACAGCUGGAAUCAAGUGCCAUGUGUUAGAAAAAAUGAUUGAACCAAAGGGAUUUUUCAGCUUGACUGCAAAGAUUCUUGAGGCACUGGCAAAAAGCGAUGAACAUUUUGUGCAGAAUUGCAACAGCCUCAAUUCCUUAAAUGAAGUGAUCCCCACCGAGCUUCAAAGUAAAUUCAGUGUCAUUUGCAGUGAGAAAAUUGAGCAUAUCUACCGAAGAAUCUCUAGUUAUAAAAAGUUUUCAAGAGUAUUAAAAAACAGAGCUUGGCCUACCUUCAAACAAGCAAAGUCAAAGAUAUCACCACUUCACAGCAGUGAUUUCUGUCCAACCAAUUGCCACAUCAAUGUGAUGGAAGUGUCCUACCCUAAAACCUCAACGUCCCUUGGGAGUGCCUUUGGUGUACAGUUAGACAGCAGAAAACAUUCUUCCCAUGAAAAGGAAAAUAAAAACACUGAUCAAGGUAAAUUGAAUCCAAUGAUUUAUGUCCAACAUACUAUUACUACUAUGGCUGCCCCGUCAGGACAGUCUCUUGGCCAGCAAGAGGGCCAUGGGCUGAGGUACCUCUUAAAAGAAGAAGAUUUAGAAACUCAAGAUGUCUAUCAAAAGUUACUGUUCAAAUUACAGGCUGCACUGAAAGAGGUGGAAACAUGUGUCUGUCAAAUAGACGACCUUCUGUCUUCAAUAACAUAUUCUCCCAAAUCAGAACGUAAAACACCUGAGCCUUUAAUACCAGCAGACAGUGAUAAUGAAAAGGGGGAAAGGAAUGGGAAGAAAGUCUGUUUCAGUGUGACAGGUGAAGAACAGGAAGAUUCUGGUCAUGAUACCAUCAGCAACAGGGAUUCUUACAGUGAUUGCAACAGCAAUAGGAACUCCAUUGCCUCAUUCACCAGCAUUUGUAGCAGUCAGUGCAGUUCUUAUUUUCACAGUGAUGAAAUGGAUUCAGGCGAUGAGCUUCCCAUAAGUGUUCGAAUCUCCCAUGAUAAACAGGACAAGCUCCAUAGCUGUUUGGAGCAUCUUUUUGGUCAAGUUGAUUCAAUUGUCAAUCUUCUGAAAGGACCAGCUGUGAUGAGGGCCUUUGAGCAGACAAAAUACUUUACCCCAGGUCGAGGCCUCCAAG